UGUUUACUCCAGGGCGCAAAUUUGUAAAUUUCACUAAAUGGGCUCACGUCAACUCCACUUCGCCGUUUUUGGCUCCUGCGGCUUUGAGGCGGACACUCUGGUGGAGAUCUCCGGCCCCGGGAACAGUGGCAAAAGCCUAGUGCUCCAACAGUUGGUGGCCCACUGCCUGGCGCCCUACAAAUUCGGUGGUCGCCAGUGGAGCGUCCUGCUGAUCAAUCUGAGUCACAAGAUCAACCGAGAAUCUUUGGCCAAGAGCAUUAGAAUGGAACUGAAGGCGUACUCUGUCGGCGAAGUGGUUGCUGCGAAAUGCCCCACGGAGGAGCAGCUGGCCGAGAUUGCGGGCGAGUGCAUGAGUCGCGUGCGAUUCCUCAACUGUUUCGCGAACGAUGAUGUUUCCACGUCGCUAAUCGACGCCCGCUACGCGAUCAUCAAUGAUCCUGGCAUACAACUGGUUGCCAUGGACACACUCAGCGAAUUCUACUGGCUAGACGAGCCUAAGAUUACCAAGAGAAUGUCCAUGUAUCGCCACUAUCGAUUGCUCCAGGCGCGCCUGGAGAAGCUCUGCAAGGACGCCAUCGUGUGCGGCAUCUACACGGUGGAGUCUGCCUUCCUGGAGAAUCGCUUUGGCGAAAACCUGCCCGAGGCUAGCAUAAAGUACCAUGUCAGGAUGCAGAAGAUUCAAAACCAGAUACUCUUGAAUGGACUGCCUCUGUCGUUUAGCAAUGGAAUUCAUUUAAAUACAACUAUUAGCAAAGAAAUUACUUAGGCAUUAUUGACUCAGCACAAAGUUUAAAGACUUAAUUAAAUAAUUAUUAUUAAUUUAAUUAUUAAAAUGAUGUUAGGAACUGAUAGAAGUAAAUGAUUGUAUAUAGAGCGUACAAAUUGAUUAAUAGGUUAAGAAAAUUGUAUAUAGGUUAACAAUUUAACUUUAAAAAAAGAUUCCUUUCAGAGAUUAGUAAUUGAAUUUGGAAUUACUUCUGGAUGAGAAAGUAGUCUGUGCAACUAAUUAAUGUAAACAAAGGUAUCUAUAUUAUCUAGAUAGUUAUUUAUAUAUACAUUAAAAAAGGACAAUUUCCGUGAUGUCUUCCUAGUUUUCCCGCUCGAAUAAAGAGAAUAUAGCCCAUAUAUACCUAGAAGGAAACUCUUGAGAAAAGGUCGCUUUUAUGACUUAUUCCAUUCAGUAAUAUAUUUAAUAUUAUAUAUCAGUAAUAUUAUCUUAAUUAAAAAAAAUACAACAGUUCUUUAAAAUUGUGUUGAAACCUUCACUAUGUUCUUUUUUGUUUUUGAAGAAGGCCAACCCUACCAGAAUUAUACUUAAAACUAAUGAUUUCUAAAAGCUAUACAUAAGUAAGGUGGUUUUGUUUAGCAGUUUUUUUUUCGUUUUAUGUUUUUAUCGUUUUCUUAGCAUUUUAAGAAGAAGCAAUAUGGUAUGGUUUGCAAUUAAAAUGGGGAGGGGCUUUUAAA